AUGUUGGACCUCCUCACGGGAGGGCUUGAAGUAGUUCUUGCCGCCUUUGCCAUCAGCUUGGCACUCAGAAGCUACUUUACCAAACCAAAGUUGCCUCACAGUGGUAAAUUACCACCGGGUCCACCUUUACUCCCAAUCCUAGGCAGCGCACUGGCAGUUGAUGUGACUGCCCCUUGGCUUACCUACAAGGCAUGGAGCAAUCGAUAUGGCAAUAACCAAUGUUUCCUAGGCGACGUGGUAUAUACUCGGCUUUUUGGUCAGGAUAACAUCGUCAUCAACUCUGAGCGAGUUGCAAGAGACCUCCUUGAACAUCGCUCACAUAAUUACUCUGACCGACCAGAGAUCGCAACCAAUGAAUUAUUUGGCACCGACUAUACCACCGCCUUUAUGCAAUACGGUAGCAGAUGGCGGCUUCAGCGGAAAAUUCUUCACCAGUCCUUCCGACAAGAUGCAGUCCCCAAUGUGCGGCCCAUGCAAGUAACGAAAAGUCAUGACCUUUUAUUGAACCUCCUAGAAGAUCCUUUGGACUACCCGAAACAUUUUGCAGUCUAUUCAGGUUCAGUCAUCAUGUCUGCCGUGUACUCGUAUGAUGCAGCACGACGUCAUGACUACAUGAUUGAGCGCGCAACCAUGGGUCUGGAUAUUACACUGAAAGAAAUGAGACCGGAGGUAGCUGCCGUUUUUGGUGUUUUCCCUUUCCUUCUUCGCCUCCCCUCUUGGCUCCCUGGUAUGCGCCUCAAGAGAGUUGCACCCUUAGCCAAGGAAUUGGCCAUAGAAAGCUUGGAAAAUCCAUUUGCGCACACGGAGCGUGGUCUGGCUACGGGAUCCGUUUCUCCUUGCAUGGUCGUUGACCAUUUGCUGGAGCUUGAUCAGGGCUACGGCGAUUAUGCCUGGAAGAAGAAAGCGGUAAAGGAAUCUGCAGCGACCGCUUUUGGGGGUGAGCAAAUGCCUUUCAUUACAGCUGCUGUGUUGAUGAAUUUCGUGCUGGUAAUGAUUCUGCACCCAGAUGUACAGCAGAAAGCGCACAAACUUGUUGAUAGUGUGGUCGGCCCAAAGAGACUGCCAACAUUCCACGAUCGCCCAUCCUUGCCCUACAUUGACGCCAUUUUACGGGAGUGCAUGCGGUGGCGCCCAGUUUUCCCUCUUGCAAUCAUGCAUGCUGCUGUCGAAAGCGACAUUUACGAAGGCUAUUACAUACCCAAAGGUGCUACAGUCACCCCGAAUGUUUGGGCAAUGUGCCACAACGAAGAUAAAUACGCAAAUGCGUCCGAAUUCAAUCCUGACCGUUUCCUCAACCCAGACGGCACUCUGACAGACGAUACUGUGAGUUUUGUGUGGGGAUUUGGACGACGAAUUUGCCCUGGUCGCCACCUCGCCGAAGCUUCUAUAUGGUCUGCCAUGGUCGGUAUGCUUGCAGUAUUCAAUUUUUCCAGGGCCAAAGACGAGACUGGUAGAGAGAUUGAGUUCGAGCCACACUGGCAUGGAGGGCUUACUGUACGACCUUUGCCAUUCCCUUGCAGUAUCACUCCGCGGAAUGCGGAUAUGGAUAUCACGACCUUGCAACAUUUGAUCGGGGUAUCUGUUUAG